UCGUGCAAGAAUAUCCCAAAUUAAACCGUCAAAACCACCCAAAACCCCCCAAACUUCCAUCCCUCCCUUUCCUCAGCCGUUUUCCGGUCACACUUAAACCUUUCACCUCUUUCUCUCCCCUGUUUCAAUCAACCGUCAAUGCCGGUUCUCCGGUCACGCGAAAUUCUUCCGUUACCAAACCCCUCUUCUUCUCCCAAGAAAACCCUAGGAAUUGGGAUUCUCGAACCUAAAACUCCUUCGAAAACCACCGAAUCUUUAACAAAUCAAACCAGUUCUACCACCAAAUUCGAGCCCGAUUCAGCACUAAUGUCGGCUCCGCCUCCACGCCGGAGUAGCCGUCUCGCUGCGAAGCCGACUCUGUCUGUUAGUCCCGCCACUAAGAGGCGGCGGAGUGGGAGUGUUGUUAAGAAGACGGAGUUUCAAUUGCCGGAAGUUGAAAACGUGAGUGUUGAAGAAAGUAGUGUUAGGGUUUCUGAUUUGGUGGUGGAAGGAAGUCCGAAGAAGGUGAGGAAGGUAGAUGAUUCUGAUUGUUUGGAAGUGGAAAACAGGUGUUUGAGCUUAAGGUCAGGGACGAAAGUAGUCAGAAAAGAAUCCGAAGAGCCCAAAAACGAUGCUGAAAAGGGUAAGGGUAAGGGAAAGGCUAUUUUGAUUGAGGAAGAUGAUGAUGAUUGUUUUGAGAUUGAGGGGAAAAUGGAGGAAGUGAAGAGCCCAAGAAGAAGGUUUAGUAAAGAAGAGAAAGGUAAAAGCGUAAUGUCAUCAGAAAGGUUGAGUAGAGAGGAGAAGGAGAAAGGUUUGAUGUCUGAAAUUGAUUGUGAGUUGGAUGAUGUUGAAUUAGAUUUAGCUGCUAACGUUGAUCUGGAUAGUGAGAUGAUGGUAGAUUUUUUGAAUAAGUUUGAUGUUGAUGUUGAUGUUGAUGUUCAUGAGAAUGUAUCUGUUAAUGAAACCAAGAAUGUUAGGGAUAGAUUUAAAGAUAUUGCUAGGAGAAAUGCUGCAAAAUAUGCUCAUUUCAAUGCGGAGGAAGAAGAAGGGAAUCAUGUAAACGAAGAGGAUGAAUCAGUGAGUGAUGAGGAUGAACCAGAAAUGGCAACAGAACAACCAACUGGGAAUGUUGAAGAUUGGCCUGGACCAUUUUCUACUGCCAUGAAAAUUAUAAGAGAUAGAGAAAAGAACUUGAAAAGUGGAGUAAAAAACUCGAGUUCUGAAAAAGGAAGAUUUCCAUUAGUUUCUUGGAUUAGGAAAGAAAGGGACCCCGAGUGCUGGAAGCGAGCCCCCCCUUCGUUGCAAAUUCUGUGCUUGAAAAUUCUUGAAGAGAAUGUUGAUGCAAUCACUUCUCUUGAGAGUGUACCAGAUGAAUUGAGGAACAGGCUUAGUCAGAUGCUUUGUGAUUCUAGGAAGAUGAAUCUACAUUUUCUCAGUCUUCUUCUUGAUGGGUCUCCUUCAGAGAUACACCUUGCAGAUUGUUCGUGGCUAGAAGAACACGCGUUUGAGAAAUCGUUUGAAGCUUGCAAUAUCAAGAACUUGAAGGUUUUACAACUUGACCUUUGCGGACAUUGUGUAUCUGACUCUUCGUUGCGGAAGGCCUUAGUACCAAAAGGGUUGAAAACAUUGACAACUAUCUCUUUGAAAGGUGGUUGCCGUAUUUCAGAUGCUGGGCUAGCUGAAUUGGUUGCAUCUGCCCCUGCUCUGAGAUCUAUGAAUCUCAGCCAAUGCUCUCUUCUGACUGACGUUGGCCUUGACAGCAUUGCUGAAUCACUGGGGUCGAUUUUGCAAGAACUAUAUCUUGAUGAUUGUUAUACUUUAGGUGCAAUGAGUAUUCUUCCUAAACUUAUGCGGCUGAAAAAAUUGGAACUGCUAUCACUCAGGGGUGUAGCCACUGUUUCUGACAAAUUUAUCAGAAAACUAAUUAGGGAGAAUGGUCAGAACAUGAAGGAGCUCGUUUUGGCUAACUGCAUAAAUUUGACUGAUUCUUCUUUGAAAGUCAUUGCUGAUACAUGUUCUCAGUUACGCGUCCUUGAUAUUAGCUGUCUGGGGAAGCUGACUGAUAUUGGCAUGGCUUAUAUCACAAAUGGUUGUCGUAAUAUUCAACAUUUGAAACUCUGUCGCUCUCCGUUCAGUGAUGAUGCUAUUGCAGCAUUCCUUGAAACUUCUGGAGAAUCUUUGAAAGAAUUAAGUCUUAAUAACAUCUCCAAGGUUGGCCAGAAUACCACCAUUUCUCUUGCUAGGCGUUGCAAAAACCUCGAGUUCUUAGAUCUUUCAUGGUGUCGUCUCCUUACAGACGAGGCACUGGGAUUAAUUGCAGACAGCUGCUGGUCUCUCAGGUUGCUCAAAAUUUUUGGUUGCACACAGGUUACUAAUAUUUUUUCGGAUGGCCACUCGAACCCACAUCUGCAUAUUGUUGGGAGGAAGCUGACUCCAAUUUUGGAACAUAUCAAGAGGCCAUUCCAACAAGAAUCAUUGUAUUAUCCCUCCGCGCCUGGUUUUUGAUUCUUGGAAGGGCGACCAUUCCCCUAAAUGUUAACUGGUUUUACUCAUUCUUAUGGCAAUUUUAUGACUUGUAUCUGUUGGUCCCUUCUACCUCCCUUUUUUGGUCAAAGACUGGACAAUAGUUAGGCUAUCGGUUGAUUUUGAUCAGAAAAAUGACAGUAUUAGCAUAAGCUGCUAACAUUUUUGUCAAUUUUUUUGGACGUUUGGCAGCUUAAUGUCACUUCUUUAACAGAGUAUGCAAAUGCUUCUUUCCGUUGUUUGAGUAUUUUUGUUCUUUUACUAUAAACAAGUGUUGGAUUUUCUGAGAUGUACAUGGUUUCGAUAGUAAUAGUUUAAUGGUCCUCUUUAAUGAGUACUCGAAUUUUGCAUUGA